CGCGGGUUCGGUCUUUCAGUUUAGAGGGAACCUUUGGCGCGAUCGGUGGAUACUUGGUUCAUAUGGAAAGCUUGGAAAUCGGUAACUUAGUAUCGCGCGUUUUAUCGAAGUUGCUCCAUCGAAUAUCAUUCGAGUUUUAGUCUUUUCUUUAGCCUAAAUUGUGAUAAAUUGGAUAAAUUGUUUGAUAUUAACAAUUUUAACGUCUUUCGAGUAUUUAAAAAGUAAAAGUACGGGGAUGUGAUAGAAAGGGCCGAAAAAGUGUUAACAAAAGUUUCAUGACCAAUGAAUGGCUUCCAGAUAGUGUCGUUUCUGUGUUAAUGCUUCUUAUCCCCUCAACUAAAUUUUUUUAACUUUAUUUUUCGAGUUGUGUAAUGUAAGGCUAACUUGCUUAUUGAACCAAAGGUUUACAGUGGAAAAGACAAAAGAGCUUAGAAGCAAAAGUUGGGUUGAAACUUAACUCACUUACUAGCGACCGUAUUCAGUGGCUGUGCUGCGGACAAGGCUGUUGAUAGUAUAUCUUAAAGACAACACGAGUUAACAACGACAAACCAUGGCGGCGUGUGAUAACAAAGCAUUUGAGGGAGAUGAUCCAGGUCAAUCUCCCACAAACACAGAUUCCUCCCCGCCAGCGGCUACCCAUCCAAUGGAAUUCAAUGAUUCGCGACCAUCAAAGGAUAAAAAGCACAAAGAACGUGAUUUAUGGGGCAAAGAAAUCGAAUUUCUUUUAUCCUGCAUCGCAAUGUCUGUUGGGUUAGGGAACGUAUGGCGAUUUCCUUUCACAGCUUUAGAGAAUGGUGGUGGAGCGUUCGUUAUCCCUUAUCUGAUAGUAUUAUUUCUAGUCGGUAAGCCUAUUUAUUAUUUGGAGAUGCUGAUAGGACAAUUUUCAAGUCGUGGAUCCGUGAAAGUAUUCGAUUUGUGCCCAGCAAUGAGAGGUAUCGGUUUUGGGCAACUGUUGAUGGUUUGCAUCCUUCUAACUUACUACGCAGCUAUAAACGCUCUCAUUUGCCACUAUAUGUUUGAAUCGUUUCAAUCGCCGGUACCAUGGGGUAAAUGCUAUCCAGAUUGGCCCAAUUGUAUUGAUUCCGAUGGUCAAACAAUGCUUAACAGGUCGAUUAUGGUCAAUGCUGGAGAAAAUUCUUCAUUGCCCCAAAUUCGACACACUAGUUCUGAGAUAUAUUUUGUGAAAGAAGUACUUAAAGAAGUCGACACCCUUGACGAUGGCAUUGGCGCCCCCAACUGGAAGCUUGUGCUUUGUCUGAUUGGAUCCUGGAUUGUGGUUUACAUUGUACUUAUCCGAGGCAUUAAGAGUUCUGGGAAAGCAUCCUACUUUCUUGCCAUUUUCCCAUAUGUUGUGCUCUUCAUUUUAUUAAUUCGUGCUGUGACAUUACCUGGAUCGUUGAAUGGAAUUAUUUAUUUUAUUAAACCGCAAUGGGAGAAGAUUUUGGAACCCAAAGUUUGGUACGCUGCAGUGACACAAGUAUUUUUCUCGCUGUCGGUAUGCUUUGGAAACAUCAUUAUGUACUCGUCAUACAACAAAUUUGGCCAUGAUGUUUACAAAGAUGCGACUAUCGUUACAUUAUUGGACACCGGAACUUCACUACUGGCAGGAUUCACAAUUUUUGGAAUUUUAGGCCACUUGGCAUACGAAGUUGGUACAGAGGAUGUUGGAUCAGUUGUUAAGGGUGGAACUGGUUUGGCAUUCAUUUCAUAUCCUGACGCAAUUGCAAAAUUCGAAACGCUACCCCAAGCUUUUUCGGUGCUUUUCUUCUUAAUGUUAUUCGUGUUGGGUGUAGGUAGCAAUAUUGCAAUGACAUCAUGUGUUAUGACUUCAAUCCGUGAUAAUUUCCCAAAAGUUCGUAAUUGGCAUGCAGCCUUGGCUAUUUCUGUAAUAAGUAUCAUUAUUGGAUUGGUGUAUGUGACACCGGGUGGUCAAUUUAUUUUGAACUUGGUUGAUUAUUUCGGCGCAUCUUUAAUUGCCCUGGUAUUGGCUAUUGCUGAAUUGUUCACUUUGGGUUGGAUUUAUGGUGUUCGAAGGAUUUGCAAGGAUACUGAAUUCAUGAUUGGAAGGAAUCCUGGUUUAUAUUGGCGACUAUGUUGGGGAAUAAUAACACCUAUUCUCAUGACAGCCAUUUUAAUAUACACAUUCGUUUCAUACGAACCACUGCAGUACAAAGGGCAAACUUAUCCUGCCUGGUCAUAUGCUGUUGGUUGGUGUAUAUCGGCCCUUGGUGUUCUCCAACUUCCAAUUUGGAUAUGUGUUGCAGUCAUAAGGCAGCCGGGUGAUUCACUAGGAGAAAAGUUUCGCGGUGCGUUUAGGCCUACCCGGAACUGGGGACCAACAGAUCCUGCUACCCUUGAAAGAUACAGAAAAUUCUACGCCGAAGAAGAGGAGGAAGAUCGUAAGAAUGAAGGGAUAAUUAGGAAAAUGUGGGUGAAUGUUUUUAAAUAAUUGUGAGAUAGUCCUAAUUUAUUUUUGUAGAAUUUUGUAUUUAAAAAGUAUUAAAAAAAUAAAAUGAAAUUAUUUGCAUUCCGA